AUGACUGCCCCGGAAUCUCUUCCUACCACCCACAAAGCACUCAAAGUAUCCGGACCUGGACAUGUCACCGUGUCCGAGGAUGCCCUGGUACCAUCAGCAGACCGGCACGAGCUGCUCGUACGCGUGGUGUGUGUCUCGAUCAACCAGGUCGAUUGCAAGUCUGCCGACUUAUCUCCCACGCCCGGCGCAACCAGCGGCACCGAUCUCUCUGGCGUCGUGGUCGCUCUAGGCAACGAUGUCGACGCAGAGACUUGGCAUGUGGGCGAUCACAUCAUGGCCGGCAUCUUUGGCAACAACCCUCUUCGGCAGGACAACGGUGCAUUUUCCGAAUAUGCCGUCGUACCCGCCCGCCUGGCCUGGAAAGUCCCAGCCAGCAUGGACUUUGCCACCGCCGCCUCUCUGCCUGCCGCCUUGGCUACUGUCGGGUUAUCUCUGUUCCAGUACAUGCAGAUGACGAUGCCAGAUGCAGCAACAGUCUCUCUGCAGCUCAGGUCGAUCAAGGUAUCAACAGGAGCAGCACCCGCAAGCCCGGCAACCUACGUACUGGUCUACGGAGGUGGCACGGCAACAGGGGCCAUGGCGAUCCAGGUCCUCAAGCUGCUUGGCCUCACACCCGUCACGACGUGCUCUGAAUCUUCAGCAGCACGCUCCCUGGAGCUCGGCGCCGCCGCGACCUUUGACUAUCGUUCGCCCAGCUGCGGCGCCGACGUGCUGAGCUACACGCAGGGAGCUCUCACGCUCGCGCUAGACUGUAUCUCGGACUCGGACUCGAUGUCGACAUGUUACAAGGCCCUGGGUCCCGCCGGAGGUCGCUACGUCGCCUUGGAUCCCUUUCCCCUGCGCGGCCACACGCGCCGCAGCGUCAAGCCGGACUGGGUGUGCUGCUACACGCAGUUCGGGCACGAUGUGGCCUGGGCCCCGCCGUUCGACCUGGAAGCUCGCGUCAACGACCGGGUCUGCGCCGAGGCGU